UGAUGGUCUCUAACAUCGAGAAGUGAUCUGUUCCGUCCCUGUGUGUCACAGCAGACGCGACUGUACGAGGGACGGAUUCUUCCUCACGUACGCCCAAAUACGCUGGAAGGAGAAAACUUCACAUUUGGGAUAUUUGCUCGUGUCUUUCUGAACAGCAAUGAGCUCGGGGGAAGGGGCCGAGGAGACGGCAAAGGACGCGGCCGACAUAGCGGCGUUCUUCAAAUCAGACUGCUCUGUCCCAAAAUGUGAACCCAAAGGAGAUGUUUCCAGUCAGAUACCAGGUUUCAGAAGGAACGAAGAGAUGAAGGCUAUGGAGGUGCUGCCAAUCCUGAAAGAGAAAGUGGCCUACCUGUCAGGGGGCCGAGACAGACGCGGGGGCCCAGUGCUCACGUUCCCCUCACGCACCAACCACGACCGAAUACGGCAGGAGGACCUGCGCCGCCUCAUUGCCUACCUCGCCGGCAUCCCCAGCGAGGAUGUGUGUAAACAUGGCUUCACGGUCAUCGUGGACAUGCGCGGCUCCAAGUGGGACUCCAUCAAGCCGCUGCUGAAGAUCCUGCAGGAGUCCUUCCCCAGCUGCAUACACGUCGCCCUCAUCAUCAAGCCCGACAACUUCUGGCAGAAGCAGAGGACCAAUUUCGGCAGCUCCAAGUUCGAGUUUGAGACCACCAUGGUGUCCCUGGAGGGCCUGUCCAAGGUGGUGGACCCGUCGCAGCUGACGGCCGACUUCGAGGGCAGCCUGGACUACAACCACGAGGAGUGGAUCGAGAUCCGCGUGGCCUUCGAGGACUUCACGGGCAACGCGCGCCACCUGCUGGCCAAGCUGGAGGAGAUGCAGGAGACGGUGACGCGCAAGGACUUCCCCGCCGACCUGGAGGGCGCCCGGCGCCUCAUCGAGGAGCACGCCGCGCUCAAGAAGAAGGUGAUGAAGGCGCCCGUGGAGGAGGUGGACGCCGAGGGCCAGCGGCUGCUGCAGCGCAUCCAGAGCGGCGACGGCAGCUACGCCCAGCGCACCGUGCCCGCCUCCGCCGGACAGGGCAUGGGCGGCGGCCACUCGAACGCGGACACUCAGGGGCUGGUGCCGCGGGUGUCGGCGCUGCUGGACAAGCUGCACAGCACGCGGCAGCACCUGCACCAGGCCUGGCACGUGCGCAAGCUGCAGCUGGACCAGUGCUUCCAGCUGCGCCUCUUCGAGCAGGACGCCGAGAAGAUGUUUGACUGGAUCAUGCACAACAAGGGCCUGUUCCUGGCGGGCUACACCGAGAUCGGCAACAACCACGCCCACGCCAUGGAGCUCCAGACGCAGCACAACCACUUCGCCAUGAACUGCAUGAAUGUGUACGUGAACAUCAACCGCAUCAUGUCGGUGGGCAACCGGCUGCUGGAGUCGGGCCACUACGCCUCGCAGCAGAUCAAGCAGAUCUCGGGCCAGCUGGAGCAGGAGUGGAAGGCCUUCGCCGCCGCGCUGGACGAGCGCAGCACCCUGCUCGAGAUGUCCGCCUCCUUCCACCAGAAGUGUGACCAGUACAUGAGUAACGUGGACUCGUGGUGUAAGGCCUGCGGAGAGAUGGAGUUGCCUUCGGAGCUGCAGGACCUUGAAGACGCCAUCCACCACCACCAGGGUCUUUACGAACACAUCACUGCAGCAUACUCGGAGGUCAGUCAAGACGGAAAAGCCCUAUUGGACAAGCUGCAGAGACCCCUGACCCCCGGCAGUGCUGAUUCGCUGACGGCCUCGGCCAACUACUCGAAGGCGGUGCACCACGUGCUGGACGUGAUCCACGAGGUGCUGCACCACCAGCGGCAGCUGGAGAACAUCUGGCAGCACCGCAAGGUCCGCCUGCACCAGCGCCUGCAGCUGUGUGUGUUCCAACAGGACGUGCAGCAGGUGCUAGACUGGAUCGAGAACCAUGGCGAGGCGUUCCUCAGCAAGCACACAGGCGUGGGGAAGUCACUGCACCGAGCCCGGGCCCUCCAGAAACGCCACGAGGACUUUGAGGAAGUGGCUCAGAACACGUACACGAACGCGGAUAAGCUGCUGGAGGCGGCGGAGCAGCUGGCCCAGACGGGCGAGUGUGACCCGGAGGAGAUCUACCAGGCCGCCCACCAGCUGGAGGACCGCAUCCAGGACUUUGUGCGGCGCGUGGAGCAGCGCAAGGUCCUGCUCGACAUGUCCGUCGCCUUCCACACACACGUCAAAGAGCUGUGGACGUGGCUGGAGGAGCUGCAGAAGGAGCUGCUGGACGACGUGUACGCGGAGUCGGUGGAGGCCGUGCAGGACCUGAUCAAGCGCUUCGGCCAGCAGCAGCAGACCACGCUGCAGGUCACCGUCAACGUCAUCAAGGAGGGAGAGGACCUCAUCCAGCAGCUGAGGGACUCUGCCAUCUCCAGCAACAAGACCCCGCACAACAGCUCCAUCAACCACAUCGAGAGCGUGCUGCAGCAGCUGGAUGAGGCGCAGGCCCAGAUGGAGGAGCUCUUCCAGGAGAGGAAGAUCAAGCUGGAGCUCUUCCUGCAGCUGCGCAUCUUUGAGCGCGACGCCAUCGACAUCAUCUCGGACCUGGAGUCGUGGAACGAGGAGCUGUCCCAGCAGAUGAGCGACUUCGACACGGAGGACCUGACGCUGGCCGAGCAGCGGCUGCAGCACCACGCCGACAAGGCCCUGACCAUGAACAACCUCACCUUCGACGUCAUCCACCAGGGCCAGGAGCUGCUGCAGUACGUCAACGAGGUGCAGGCCUCCGGAGUGGAGUUGUUGUGUGACCGUGAUGUGGACAUGGCCACGCGUGUGCAGGACCUGCUGGAGUUCCUGCACGAGAAGCAGCAGGAGCUGGACGUGGCGGCCGAGCAGCAUCGCCGACACCUGGAGCAGUGUGUGCAGCUGCGCCACCUACAGGCCGAGGUCAAACAGGUCCUGGGCUGGAUUAGGAACGGCGAGUCGAUGCUGAACGCGGGGCUCAUCACGGCGAGCUCUCUGCAGGAGGCCGAGCAGCUGCAGCGAGAGCACGAGCAGUUCCAGCACGCCAUCGAGAAGACGCACCAGAGUGCGCUGCAGGUGCAGCAGAAGGCGGAGGCGCUGCUGCAGGCCAACCACUACGACAUGGACAUGAUCCGCGACUGCGCCGAGAACGUGGCCUCGCACUGGCAGCAGCUCAUGCUCAAGAUGGAGGACCGCCUCAAGCUGGUCAACGCCUCCGUGGCCUUCUACAAGACCUCCGAGCAGGUGUGCAGUGUGCUGGAGAGUCUGGAGCAGGAGUACAAGCGCGAGGAGGACUGGUGCGGCGGAGCCGACAAGCUGGGGCCCAACUGUGAGACGGACCACGUCACCCCCAUGAUCAGCAAACACCUGGAGCAGAAGGAGGCCUUCCUCAAGGCGUGCACGCUGGCCAGGCGAAACGCCGACGUGUUCCUCAAGUACAUGCACAGGAACAGUGUCAACAUGCCGGGCCUGCUGAGUCACGUCAAAGCACCCGAGCAGCAGGUCAAGAACAUCCUGAAUGAGCUGCUGCAGCGAGAGAACCGGGUUCUUCACUUCUGGACGAUGAGGAAGAGGAGGCUGGACCAGUGUCAGCAGUACGUGGUGUUUGAACGCAGCGCCAAGCAGGCCUUGGAAUGGAUUCAUGACACGGGCGAGUUCUACCUGUCCACACACACCUCGACUGGCUCCAGUAUCCACCACACACAGGAACUGCUGAAGGAGCACGAGGACUUCCACAUCACAGCCAAGCAAACCAAAGAGCGGGUCAAGCUGCUGAUCCAGCUGGCCGACGGCUUCUGCGACAAGGGCCACUCGCACGCGGCCGAGAUCAAGAAGUGGGUGACGGCGGUGGACAAGCGCUACCGGGACUUCUCGCUGCGCAUGGACAAGUACCGCACGUCCCUCGAGAAGGCCCUGGGCAUCUCGUCCGACUCCAACAAGGCCAGUAAAGACCUGCAGCUGGACAUCAUCCCUGCCAGCGCUCCGGGGUCAGAGGUCAAGCUGAGGGAUGCCGCCCACGAGCUCAACGAGGAGAAGCGCAAGUCGGCCCGCAGGAAGGAGUUUAUCAUGGCUGAACUGAUUCAGACAGAAAAGGCCUAUGUCAGAGACUUGAGAGAGUGCAUGGAUACGUACCUGUGGGAGAUGACCAGUGGCGUGGAGGAGAUCCCACCAGGAAUCGUCAACAAAGAGCACAUCAUCUUCGGCAACAUGCAGGACCUCUACGAGUUCCACCACAAUAUAUUCCUCAAAGAGCUUGAGAAAUAUGAGCAGCUUCCUGAAGAUGUGGGCCAUUGCUUUGUGACCUGGGCGGACAAGUUCCAGAUGUACGUGAACUACUGCAAGAACAAGCCAGACUCCACACAGCUGAUCCUAGAGCAUGCUGGACCCUACUUUGACGAGAUUCAGCAGAGGCAUCGGCUGGCCAAUUCCAUCUCUUCGUAUCUGAUCAAGCCUGUGCAGAGAAUCACCAAGUACCAGCUCCUGUUAAAGGAGCUGCUGACCUGCUGUGAAGAGGGUAAGGGUGAAAUCAAAGAUGGCCUGGAGGUCAUGCUCAGUGUGCCCAAGAAGGCCAACGAUGCCAUGCACCUCAGCAUGCUGGAGGGCUUCGAUGAGAACAUCGAGUCCCAGGGCGAGCUGAUCCUGCAGGAGAGCUUCCAGGUGUGGGACCCCAAGACCCUGAUCCGCAAGGGCCGCGAGCGCCACCUCUUCCUCUUCGAGAUGUCGCUGGUCUUCAGCAAGGAGGUCAAAGACUCCAACGGCCGCAGCAAGUACAUCUACAAGAGCAAGCUGUUUACGUCGGAGCUUGGCGUGACUGAACACGUGGAGGGGGACCCAUGCAAGUUUGCCCUGUGGGUGGGCCGCACCCCCACCUCCGACAACAAGAUUGUGCUCAAGGCCUCCAGCAUCGAGAACAAGCAGGACUGGAUCAAGCACAUCCGCGAGGUGAUCCAGGAGCGCACGGUUCACCUGAAGGGGGCGCUCAAGGAGCCCAUCCACAUCCCCAAACCCUCCACGGCCAAACACAAGGGCCGCAGAUACACGCCAAAAGACGGAGAGGACCUGGACAGCCAGGGUGACGGCAGCAGCCAGCCCGACACCAUCUCUCUGGCCUCGCGCACCUCCCAGAACACCCUGGACAGCGACAAGCUGUCCGGCGGCUGCGAGCUGACGGUGGUCAUCCACGACUUCCUGGCGGGCAACAGCAACGAGCUGACGGUGCGGCGGGGCCAGACGGUGGAGGUGCUGGAGCGGCUGCACGACAAGCCCGACUGGUGCCUGGUGCGCACCACCGACCGCUCGCCCGCCCAGGAGGGCCUGGUGCCCUGCAGCACGCUCUGCAUCGCCCACUCCCGCAGCAGCAUGGAGAUGGAGGGCAUCUUCAACCACAAAGACACGCUGUCGGUGUGCAGCAACGACUCCCUGCUGCCCGGCUCGUCGGCCACGCUGCAGCCGGGCCAGGGCAUGGGCUCGCAGAGCUCGCCGGGGCCCAAGCGGCCGGGCAACACGCUGCGCAAGUGGCUCACCAGCCCCGUGCGGCGGCUGAGCAGCGGCAAGGCGGACGGCCACGUCAAGAAGCUGGCCACCAAGCACAAGAAGAACCGCGACGUGCGCAAGAGCGCCGAGGCCCAGAAGGACUCGGACGACAGCGCCGCCACGCCGCAGGACGAGACCAUCGAGGAGAGGGUGCGUAACGAGGGCCUGAGCAGCGGCACCCUCUCCAAGUCCUCCUCGUCGGGCAUGCAGAGCUGCGGGGAGGAGGAGGGCGAGGAGGGCCCCGACUCGGUGCCCCUGCCCCCACCCAUGGCCAUCCAGCAGCACAGCCUCCUGCAGCCCGACUCCCAGGACGACAAGACGUCCUCCCGUCUGUCCGUGCGUCCCUCCAGCUCGGAGACCCCCAGUGCAGCUGAACUGGUCAGUGCCAUCGAGGAGCUGGUGAAAAGCAAGAUGGCGCUGGAGGACCGGCCCAGCUCUCUGUCGGUGGAGCAGGGGGACAGCAGCAGCCCCUCCUUCAACCCGUCCGACAACUCGCUCCUCUCCUCCUCCUCCCCCAUCGACGAGAUGGAGGAGCGCAAGACCGGCUUCUUCAAGAAGCGCCAUUAUGUCUUACUGGAGCUGGUGGAGACGGAGAGGGACUAUGUGAGGGAUCUGGGCUUAGUUGUGGAGGGCUACAUGGCCAGGAUGAAGGAGGACGGCGUCCCUGACGACAUGAAGGGGAAGGACAAGAUCGUCUUCGGCAACAUCCACCAGAUCUACGACUGGCACAAAGACUUCUUUUUGGGAGAAUUGGAGAAGUGCCUUGAAGACCCUGACCGACUGGGCUCUCUGUUCGUGAAACACGAGCGGAGACUGCACAUGUACAUUGUCUACUGCCAAAACAAACCCAAAUCGGAGCACAUCGUCUCUGAGUACAUCGACACCUACUUUGAGGACAUGAAGCAGCGCUUGGGCCACAGGUUACAGAUCACUGACCUCCUCAUCAAGCCCGUGCAGAGAAUUAUGAAGUACCAGCUUCUGCUGAAGGAUAUCUUCAAGUUCUCUAAAAAGGCUGGAAUGGACUCUCUGGAUUUGGAGAAAGCAGUAGAGGUCAUGUGCAUUGUACCAAAAAGAUGCAAUGAUAUGAUGAAUGUUGGCCGACUCCAAGGAUUUGACGGGAAGAUUGUAGCCCAGGGUCGUCUCCUCCUGCAGGACACGUUCCUGAUGUCUGACCCUGACGGAGGUCUCCUGUCCAGGAUGAGGGAGAGGAGAGUCUUCCUCUUCGAGCAGAUUGUCAUCUUCAGCGAGCCCCUGGACAAGAAGAGGGGCUUCUCCAUGCCAGGCUUCCUCUACAAGAACAGCAUCAAGGUGAGCUGUCUAGGCCUGGAGGACAGUACGGACGGCGACCCCUGCAAGUUCGUGCUGACCUCGCGGACGGCCAGCGGCAGCAGCGAGUCCUUCAUCCUGCACUCGUCUCACCCCGGCGUCCGGCAGGUCUGGUGCCUCCAGAUCGGCCAGAUCCUGGAGAGCCAGCGCAACUUCCUCAAUGCGCUUACCUCUCCCAUAGAGUACCAGAGGAACCACAUUGGAGGGGGAGCUCCCGGCCCUAGUGGCCCCAGCAGCAGCAGCCAGCCAGGGGCCAACAGUGGGCAGCUGGGCAUGGCCUCCGGUGGCGUUGGAGCCGGUGGGGGAGGCGUAGGAGGAGGGGGCAUCUCCGCCGGGUCGGGCUCCCGCUCCCGGCCCUCGCGGAUCCCGCAGCCGUCGCGCCUCCCCCAGCCCCUUCGCCACCACUCCCCCGCCAUGGGCCCCGGAGGAGGAGACCCCGACGGGCCCGACAAAAUAUCAGGUACGUCCUCGCGCCCCGUCCCCACGCUCUCCUCCCCGUCCUCCUCCUCGUCCUCCACCGCCACCACCGCCCCGGCCAUCGACCCGGAGCACAGCCGGGAGGUCCGGACGAGGAUGCAGGACAGCCCUCGCUCCCGGCGGCCCGACAGCGGCCCCAAGGAGGUCCCGGUCGAGCCGCUGCCGCCGCCGCCCUCGACCCCGACUCCCCCGGUGGUCCCCGUGGCCCCCCGCACCGCCACGAGUCCCAUAGCGAUGGUCAAGCCCCGGCCGGGGGCCCUGUCGCCGCUGGCCCCCCAGCUGGCCUCCCCCUCCUUCGGGAAGGACGGCCUCCCGCCCUGCAGCCCGGUCCAGAAGGCGGCCGGCACACCCGGCGCCGGCAGCUCCGGGGGCUCCUUCUGGAGCUCCAUCCCGGCCUCGCCCGCUAGCCGGCCCGGCUCCUUCACCUUCCCCGGGGAGGCCUGCGACACGCUGGGCCGGCAGAACCAGAACCAAAACCAGAACCAGAACCAGAACCAGAGCCACCGGCACUCCACCCACAGCAAGGACGCUGACCGCAUGAGCACCUGCUCCUCGGCCAGCGAGCAGUCCGUGCACUCCAUCCAGAGCAACGGGAGUGAAAGCAGCAGCAGCAGCAACAUCUCCACCAUGCUAGUGACGCAGGACUACGUGGCCCUGAAAGAGGAUGAGAUCAGCGUGAGCCAGGGCGAGGUGGUGCAGAUCCUGGCCAGCAACCAGCAGAACAUGUUCCUGGUGUUCCGCGCCGCCACCCAGCUGUGCCCCGCCGCCGAGGGCUGGAUCCCCGGACACGUGCUGGGCCACACCUCCACCAUCACCCCCGACAACCCCGAGGGAACCAUCAAGAAGUCAUCAUCAUGGCACACGUCCCUCCGCAUCCGCAAGAAGUCGGAGAAACGAGAGAAAGACGGCAAGAAGGAGAACAAGCUGGAAAACGGCUACAGGAAGUCCAGAGAGGGCUUACCGGUCAAGGUUUCUGUAAAGCUUCUAAAUCCAAACUAUAUCUACGAUGUUCCGCCGGAGUUCCUAGUGCCUCUGAGCGACGUCACCUGUGACAAAGGCGAGUGUGUGACGCUCAGGUGUAAGGUGUGCGGUCGGCCCAAAGCCACGGUCACCUGGAAGGGCCCGGACCAAAACACACUUACCAACAACGGCCACUUCAGCAUUGCCUACAGUGACACUGGUGAGGCCACGUUGCGUAUUGUUGGCGUUGCCGCGGACGACGAUGGUGUCUACACCUGCGUCGCCACUAACGACCUAGGCAGCGUGACCUCAUCGGCCAGCCUACGAGUACUAGGGACGACCAGUGAUGGACUAAGGGUCCUGUGGAAGGACAACUACGAGUCCACUUUCACUGAGGUGGCAGAACUUGGCAGGGGGCGCUUUGCCGUGGUCAAGCGCUGUGACCAGCGCGGCUCCAAGCGCACGGUGGCGGUCAAGCUGGUCAACAAGAAGCUGAUGAAGCGCGACCAGGUGACCCAGGAGCUGAGCGCCCUGCAGCGGCUCCAGCACCCCCACAUCGUCUGCCUGCUGGACACCUACGAGACCCCCAGCAGCUACGCGCUAGUCCUGGAGAUGGCUGAUCAAGGUCGUCUCCUCGACUACAUCGUGAGCUGGGGGAACCUCACGGAAGAGAAGGUGGCCUUCUACCUACGGGACAUUCUAGAAGCUUUACACUACCUGCACAACUGCAGGAUAGCCCACCUGGAUUUGAAGCCUGAGAACCUUCUGGUGGACCAGUGCUCGUCGCAGCCCAUGGUGAAGCUGACCGACUUCGGCGACGCCGUGCAGCUGAACUCGGCCCACUACGCGCACCCGCUGCUGGGCAGCCCGGAGUUCGCCGCCCCCGAGCUGGUCCUGGGGGAGCCGGCGGCGCUGGCCUCGGACCUGUGGAGCCUGGGCGUGGUGACGUACGUGGUGCUGAGCGGCGCCUCGCCCUUCCUGGACGAGAGCGUGGAGGAGACGUGCCUCAACAUCUGCCGGCUGGACUUCAGCUUCCCCGAGGACUACUUCCAGGGCGUGAGCCAGGCGGCGCGCGACUUCGUCCGCCUGCUGCUGCGCGCCGAGCCCGGCAAGCGUCCGCCCGCCGCCGCCUGCCUCCAGGACCCCUGGCUGCAGCCCGUGGCGGGCGGCCGCGCGGCCGAGUGCCUGGACACGUCCCGCCUCAUCUCGUUCAUCGACCGGCGCAAGCACCAGAACGACCUCCGACCCCUCGGCGGCAUACGGGCCUUCCUGCACAGUAGACUCCAACCCAGGAUAUGAAACGAUAUAGUAGCCAUGAUGGAGUAACAAGCAA